CUAUGCUUGCGGAGUGAAAUGUAUUUUCUUUAAUCAUGUAUAAAAUUUAUUAUAUUUUAAGACCAGAAUUAAGUAGAUGACUAAAAAAUAGCUGAAAAUUCAUUUAGUUACAUAAAUUCAUGGCUACAGUGCGGCCUUGAGCUCGCUCGCAUUGAUUUAACCCGUACGCCGGAGCUCCCCCUGCCGAUGCGCUCAGGAUUCAUGUUAUUUUUCCAGCGCCACUCUGCUCCUAACAGCCGUCUGCAUAGGUCGCUCUCUGCUCGCGUUCAUAAUAAUACUUACGACUACAAGAAAAGAAACAAUGCUCAGCCUAAGUGAAAUGUGGAAUAAGAUGACCCAACCGGGGUGGUAUUUGCAAGUGGUGAAUUUGAUUAUUAUAUCAGUAUGCUUGAUCUCCAAGAUCCCCCAAAUCUACAACUUACAAAAUAGACGACCAAGUGAGAUAAGAGCAGUGAGUUGCUAUGCUAUCAUCAUGGAAAUUAUUGGAUAUACUAUUAUGACGAUGUACAACAUCAAGAAUGACUACAGUGUCAUGACUUACCUGGAAUACCCAGUUUUGUUGGUGCAGAUGUACUUCAUGUUAUUUGUGGUCCUGAGGGCCAAAGGUUACCUGAUUCUCAUCACUAUACCAGCAACUGUGACCAUGAUAUAUGGCCUCAUUGUUUUACUUUUUAUGUUUGAAGUCAUCCCGGUGGCAUUUUUGAACUUUAUAGUUCCGAUAUGUACACCUCUCAGUGGAUUCGCAAAAGUAGGCUACAUCAUGGGCAUAUUGAAAACUCAAAAUUCUGAUGCUGUCUCUUUGGAAACUUGGGCUAUGUCUGUGGCAACUAAUGGUGCGCGCUUCUUCUGCGUUCUUGCGGAUUCUGGUGACAUAAAUCUGAUGGUCAACUAUUUCGUCUCCGUGGUACUGAGCGCCGGGGUCCUCGCAGCCGCCAUCUACUACCAAAUGUACCCUGUUCCCCGCGUUGUGAUCAGCACCCGCCGCCGUGAGCCCUCUGUCCGCCGCCAGUACCACAUAGAUUAAACAUAUAAUAACUAAUCGAGCGUCCGAAAACUCAGUACUGACCGCAGCGAACCAAUACAAUCAAAUAAAAAAAAGUUUAUGCAAAUUCAUAAAUAAACAAAAAAAAAUAUAUAUUAUAUCACUUUAAUCAUAGAAUAAACUGUUAAAGUUCUCUUUUUCUGCUUAGGUAGUAUUACAUUGUCGUAGCGCAAUUAUAUAGCUUUAAUUAUGUUUUGCUCAAACAAAAAAGACAUCUUGAUAUGUACAUAUGUUAAUUUUUCAUUAUUUUUCUGUAAUUAAAAAAAAUGUAAGUAUAUGAUUAUUUAUAGAGAUUUUAUUUACUUCGUUUGGUCUUAUCUGUACUUGUUUAUACAAUUGUUUUAUGAUAUUUGAUAUUGAAGUAUAUUUGUUCUAAGAAUAUUAUUAUUUUUUAAUAUUAGAGAACUUUUAAAAUAAGAUAUUGUAACAUUUAACUGCAUUUAGAUAUUAAUUAAAAAUAGUUUUUUCCCUAUUCACCAGUAAUUGUGCGACAAAUUAAAUAUUAGACCUAGUCACUUAGUAUAAUACUACAAUGUUAUGGAUUGAUGUAAUUUAAUUAUAAUUAAUUGCAUAGUUAUUUACGUUCCUUUUUAAGUUAAAUGUUUUAUUCUAAUUUAUUUAUUCUGUGACAUUGUGAUCUGAAAAAUUAUAUUAUCUAAAAACUAUUUUUUUACGAUAAGAAAAUAUUUAAAAUAAAAAAAAUAUAUAUUAUUUUAGUAGCCAAAGAAAAAAUAUUUUGAAAAUGGAAUGUUAUAUAUUUCUGUACUACAUAUUUCUUAAAAUAUAUUUACAACAAAUUAAUAUAUUUCUCUUAAAUAUUCGUCAAUAUGUCGGCCGUUGCAAUGUAGUCGUUAUAAAUGAAAUGUAUUAAACAAUAAAAUUAUUAA